UCUUUUCAUUGCAUCCUGGAUGUUUCACUUGCCUCCCCCUUGAUUUGCAUAUGUUAUAUUGCUUAAUGGAGGAGAUCAUGGCUAGUUAGAAGUUAGCAGGGUCUCAGGAGGAGUUUUUCUGUGAGCUCAAGGAGAACAGGUGUUCAGAAAUAAGGAGUUCGAUUUCUCCUUUCUUUUUUUUUUCUUUCCCUAUCCCCCCCCUAUUCUUCUUCUACAAUGGUGUCCAAACUAUCAUCCCUGCAACAAGAACUUCUCAAUGCUCUCCUAAAUUCUGGAGUAACGAAAGAUGUUCUAAUUCAAGCUUUGGAAGAUAUGAUUCCCACUUCCAGUUUUGGAGUCAAACUAGAAAAUUUACAGAUGUCUCCAGGACAUGAUGCUGACACCAAGCCUAUAUUCCACACUCUUACUAAUGGGCACAACAAGGGAAAACUGUCUGGAGAUGAGGGCUCAGAAGAUGGGGAUGACUUUGACACCCCUCCAAUUCUUAAAGAACUUCAGUCUCUGAACACUGAAGAGGCAGCAGAGCAAAGAGCAGAGGUGGACAGGAUGUUAAGUGAGGACCCAUGGAGGGCUGCAAAAAUGAUAAAAGGCUACAUGCAGCAACACAACAUUCCCCAAAGGGAAGUAGUGGAUAUUACAGGCCUCAACCAAUCGCAUCUCUCACAACAUCUCAAUAAAGGAACCCCUAUGAAGACCCAAAAACGAGCUGCUUUGUAUACUUGGUACGUGAGGAAACAAAGAGAGAUUUUAAGGCAAUUCAACCAGGGUUCUGGAAAUAUGACAGACAAAAGCAGUCAGGAUCAGCUGCUGUUUCUCUUUCCAGAGUUCAACCAACAAUCUCAAGUUACUGGACAGCCUGAUGAUACCUGCUCUGAGCCUGCCAACAAAAAAAUGAGACGUAAUCGCUUCAAAUGGGGUCCUGCAUCUCAGCAUAUAUUAUACCAAGCAUACGAAAGACAAAAGAAUCCCAGCAAGGAAGAGAGAGAGGCUUUAGUUGAAGAGUGCAACAGAGCAGAAUGUCUUCAGCGUGGUGUUUCCCCAUCUAAAGCACAUGGGCUGGGGUCAAAUUUGGUCACAGAAGUUCGUGUUUAUAAUUGGUUUGCAAACAGAAGGAAAGAAGAAGCCUUUCGUCAAAAACUAGCCAUGGAUGCUUACAGCACUGGAUCAUCACAUGGUCAUAAUAUGAAUUCCCUUCUAACUCAUGCAUCACCGCACCAUAGUCAACCAAGCUCUUCUCCUCCAAACAAAUUACAAGGGGUGAGAUAUAAUCAGCAAGGAAACAGUGAAGUUACUUCAUCAUCAACAAUUAGUCACCAUGGUAACAAUGCCAUGGUGACCAGCCAGUCGGUCUUACAGCAAGUUUCUCCAGUGAGUUUGGAUCCUGGCCAUAACAUGCUUUCACCUGAUGGUAAAUUGAUUUCCGUUUCUGGAGGAGGGCUACCUCCAGUGAGCACCUUAACCAAUAUUCACAGUUUAUCCCACUCGGUUCAUCACAAUUCCCAGCAUUCCCAGAACCUCCUCAUGGCUCCCAUUUCUGGAGUAAUGGCAAUAACACAAAAUUUGAACACUACCCAGGCACAAAGUGUGCCAGUGAUAAACAGUGUUGCGGGAAGCCUAGCGGCUCUACAGUCAGUGCCAUUUUCGCAACAGCUCCACAGUCCACACCAACACCAAAUCAUGCAGCAGUCUUCUGGUCAUAUGGCACAGCAACCAUUUAUGGCCACAGUGACUCAGCUUCAGAAUUCACACAUGUAUUCACACAAGCAGGAGCCUCCCCAGUAUUCACACACAUCCCGUUUCCCAUCAGCCAUGGUAGUGACAGAUACCAGCAGCAUUAGCACGUUAUCAAACAUGUCGUCCAGUAAACAGUGUCCCUUGCAAGCUUGGUGAUGUGCUGCGCCUAACUUAUUUAACAUGAUAACAAGGAAAUAUUCUCUAUAACAUCUAACAUCGAGAACAUUGACUGAUAUCAGAAAACUUUUUAUAUAUAUAUCCACUGCUGCCAACCAGUCUUGGAACAAGAGGAAGGCCAGAGAAGUUUUGUGCACCAGAAGCUGCUCCACUUCCUGAAUCUUGGUAUUAUUUUACAGUGUUUCCC